CGCAGCGUUCUCGCCGCCGCCGCUCGCCUCGCAGCCGCAGUCCGCGUGGACGCUCCCGCCGAGUGCCCCUCACGAACCCGGCUGGCCCGCUGGCUCGAGGGCGAGCUCACGGCCGCUCUCGGCCGGCAGCGCGGGGGUUAAGCGGCCCAAGUAAACGUAGCGAGGUGAUCGGCGCCGGAGAUUCGCGAGCCGGGCACCCCGCGCCGCCCGCCGGCCACGACCCGCGGCGCGAUCGCGGCGCCGCGCCACUACCAGCCUCGCGACAGGAAACAAUGAAGGGAGACAGCAGACAUCUGAAUGAAGAAGAGGGUGCCAGUGGGAGUGAGGACUGUAUCAUCAUUAAUGGGAACUGUAGUGACCAGUCCUCAGACACUAAGGAUGCUCCCUCACCCCCAGUCCUGGAGGCAAUCUGCACAGAGGCAGUCUGUACACCAGAGAGCAGAGGCCGCAGGUCAAGGUCACGGCUGUCUAAGAGGGAGGUCUCCAGCCUUCUGAGUUACUCUCAGGACUCAACAGAUGGAGGCAGAGACCAUGAGGUGGAUGAUGAUGAAGGUUCUGACAUUUUACUUAUGCCAAAGCUCACCCGGGAGACCAAGGACACUAGGACAUCCUGGGAGAGUCCAGCCGUCCGAACCCGAAAUAGCAACAGUAGCACCAGCCUGGAGAGGCAAAGAGCCUCGCCCAGAGUCACCCGCGGCCGGCAAGGCCGCCGCCAUGUGCAGGAGUACCCAGUGGAAUUUCCAGCUACCAGGUCUCGGAGACGGCGGGCAUCUUCUUCAGCAAGCACACCCUGGUCAUCCCCUGCAAGCCCUUGCCUCAUAGAAGAAGUAACACCUCAGGGCAGCAGUACCCCAUCAGUUGACUUGAGCCAGGACGACCACGAGGAUGGCAUAGAUACCACACAGCUGGAUGCGGAAAGCCGAGAGGGAGAUAGCACUGAAUAUCAGGAUGAGAAGGAGUUUGGAAUAGGGGACCUCGUGUGGGGAAAGAUCAAGGGCUUCUCCUGGUGGCCUGCCAUGGUGGUAUCCUGGAAAGCCACCUCCAAGCGCCAGGCCAUGCCCGGCAUGCGAUGGGUACAGUGGUUUGGCGAUGGCAAGUUUUCUGAGAUCUCUGCUGACAAACUCGUUGCCCUGGGGCUGUUCAGCCAGCACUUUAACCUGGCCACCUUCAAUAAGCUGGUUUCUUAUAGGAAGGCCAUGUACCACACUCUGGAGAAAGCCAGGUUGCGAGCCGGCAAGUCCUUCCCAAGCAGCCCUGGAGACUCACUGGAGGACCAGCUGAAGCCCAUGCUGGAGUGGGCCCACGGGGGCUUCAAGCCCACGGGGAUCGAGGGCCUCAAACCCAGCAACAAGCAACCAGUGGCUAAUAAGUCGAAGGUGCGUCGUGCAGGCAGUAGGAAGUUAGGACCCAGGAAACACGAGGUCAGAAGUCGGAGACGCACAGCCAACGACUCUGUCACUUCUGAGUACUGUCCCCCACCCAAGCGCCUCAAGACAAAUAGCUAUGGCGGGAAAGAGCGAGGGGAAGAUGAGGAGAGCCGAGAGCGGAUGGCUUCUGAUGUCGCCCAGAACAAGGGGAAUCUGGAAGACCGCUGUCUGUCCUGCGGUAAGAAGAACCCUGUGUCCUUCCACCCCCUCUUUGAGGGUGGGCUCUGUCAGAGUUGCCGAGAUCGCUUCCUGGAGCUCUUCUACAUGUAUGAUGAGGAUGGCUAUCAAUCAUACUGCACCGUGUGCUGUGAGGGCCGAGAACUGCUUCUGUGCAGCAACACGAGCUGCUGCAGGUGCUUCUGUGUGGAGUGUCUGGAGGUGCUGGUGGGUGCGGGCACAGCCGAGGAUGCCAAGCUGCAGGAACCCUGGAGCUGCUAUAUGUGCCUCCCACAGCGCUGCCACGGGGUCCUCCGGCGCAGGAAGGAUUGGAACAUGCGCCUGCAAGACUUCUUCACCACUGACCCAGACCUGGAAGAAUUUGAGCCGCCCAAGUUGUACCCAGCAAUCCCUGCAGCCAGAAGGAGGCCCAUUAGAGUCCUGUCUCUGUUUGAUGGAAUUGCAACAGGAUACUUGGUGCUCAAAGACUUGGGUAUUAAAGUGGAAAAGUACGUUGCCUCUGAAGUCUGUGCAGAGUCCAUCGCUGUGGGAACUGUUAAGCAUGAAGGCCAAAUCAAAUAUGUGAAUGAUGUCAGGAAAAUCACCAAGAAAAAUAUUGAAGAGUGGGGCCCAUUUGACUUGGUGAUUGGUGGAAGCCCGUGCAAUGAUCUCUCAAAUGUCAAUCCUGCCAGGAAAGGCCUGUAUGAGGGCACAGGAAGACUCUUCUUUGAGUUUUAUCACUUGUUAAAUUAUACACGCCCCAAGGAGGGCGACAACCGUCCAUUCUUCUGGAUGUUUGAGAACGUGGUGGCCAUGAAAGUUAAUGACAAGAAGGACAUCUCCCGAUUUUUGGCGUGUAAUCCAGUGAUGAUUGAUGCCAUCAAGGUUUCUGCUGCUCACAGGGCCCGGUACUUCUGGGGUAACCUACCUGGGAUGAACAGGCCCGUGAUAGCUUCCAAGAAUGAUAGACUCGAGCUGCAGGACUGCUUGGAGUUCAGUAGGACAGCAAAGUUAAAGAAAGUGCAGACAAUAACUACCAAGUCGAACUCCAUCAGACAGGGGAAAAACCAGCUUUUCCCCGUAGUCAUGAAUGGCAAGGAUGAUGUUUUGUGGUGCACUGAGCUCGAAAGGAUCUUCGGCUUUCCUGCCCACUACACAGACGUGUCCAACAUGGGUCGUGGCGCCCGCCAGAAGCUGCUGGGAAGGUCCUGGAGUGUGCCAGUCAUCAGACACCUCUUUGCCCCCUUGAAGGACUACUUUGCAUGUGAAUAGUUCUGCCCAGGACUGGGAAGCUCUAGUCAGAGCCAGGUCCCUGGAAUCAUCCCCUCCCUGAAGGCACCUCACCUCUCCCCUUCCUCAGCUCACCUGUGUGGGGCCUCACCUCACUGUGUACCUCAGCUUUCUCCUGUUCAGUGGGAGCAGAGCCUCCUGGCCCUUGCAGAGGAGCCCAAGGUGCUCCCUCCGCUUGCACAACUUAGCCCUGGCUGCUUAGAGUAGCCUGACAUGGUGCUCAUGUGUUCUUAUCCUGAAACUUUAAAACUUGAAGUAGGCAGUAAGGUGGCUUUUUUUCCCUCCUGGGUUUAUCACUCAGAAGUGAUGGCUAAGAUACCAAAAUAGCAGCUCUCCCAGUACUCAGGUUAAUGCUGCAAAAUCACUUGAGAUUUUGUUUUUAAAUAACCUGUGUUCCACAUUCGCCAAUGGGUGCUAGUGUGAGUGUGAGCUCAAUGAACAAAGUCAAGGGGUCAGAGUUUUGGUUUUGUUUUUUAAAAUUUCUCUAGGGUUAGUAGAAGAUUAAAAGGUGAUGUUUAUGGCAUAAAUCUUACUGGCACCUUCCCCUUGCUUUGGUACAAGGGCUAGAGUCCUGUUGGUCUUGUAGCAUUUCCCAGUAUGAUGAUGAUGAUGAUGAUGUCAGCAGGGAUGAUGUCAUUAUCACAUUCAGAGCUUUUCCCCCCACGAUUCCCUGGGCAGGGGCCCAUGUAGCUAAUCCUCAAGAAGACUGGAAUAGAAUGUUUUGAGCUCAGGAAGGGGCGGUCCUUCUUCCAGGUGUGAGGCACAUGAAGAAGAGCUUAGGGAGACCAUUCCCUACUCCCUCUCUCCAAAUGAUGUCCCCACCCCACCGCUCAGGUAGCCAGAUGAUUCCCCGAAUAUCUCAUGAGAAGCCAGCGCCAGAAGCACAUUGUUUUCCUCUAUCUGAGAGGUAAUGGGGAAAUUACAAUGAGAAGCUUGCAUCUUCUGGAGAUUUUAAAACCUUUUUUUACCCCACAAUAGAUAGGUUUUAUUUUUAAGGGGCUUUCUUUUUGAGGGGCAUCACUGGAGAUGAGAAAAAGCUGCAUUUUAGAAAUGCUGUCGUAAUGGUUUUUAACACCUUUUACUGUAAUUACUGGUGCUAUUUUGUAGAAGGACAUCCUUGAUACAUUUGGGGGGGCUUUUUAUACACUUUUUAUGACUCAGACUUCUAUUUUCAUGUUUUAACAUUUGUAUUAAAGUUUUUUUUUUAAACUGGAGUGGUGCACAAGUGUGGGGAACGUGCCUUGUUUCAACCGUUUGUCACCUGGUUUCUGAUUUUUAGAUGCAAAAAAUGACCGACAGCUAGAUUUUACUUUUCUGUUCAAUUAAAAGUGUAUUUCU